AACGCCCAGGCUUUGGUUGCCGACUACCGGGGAGAUUUUGCCGACCUCAUCAGAGACGCUGAUUUUGAUGUCAUCAUGAACAUGAAUGAGACGUUCGUGUUGUUUGAUAUGGUGCCAAGAUCAACAAUGGAAGCGACUGGGUCUCAGAAUGUUGACAUUAGAUCAUCCCAAGGCAACCCGAAACUUGGAUGCACGGUGACUCUAGUAGUUACGACAGACGGACGAAAAGGACGAGCCGAGGUCAACUUCAGAGGCUUGGCACCAGAUGGUGACGUCAUUCGGCAGCUUCAGGCGAAUGCUCCAGACAAUGUGCGAGUAACUGGUAGUCCACAGGGUUGGGCCCGACACCAAUCGCUAAUCGAGUGGUUGCAGGCCCUGAUUGUGCCAUUUGUAGCAGGGGCCACGUUCCUGUUACUUUUAGACAGGUAUCCGGCGCAUCGAAAUCAACAUUUCGUGAUGCAAUCACCGCAGAGAAUGGGACAGACAGUUUCAUUCCAGGACGAUGUACUUCGCUGCUGCAGCCCUUGGACUUAACCGUAAACAGGAGCUUCAAGUGUCACCUGAGGACCAUUUGGAAAGUGUGGAAAAUCGGCCACACCGAUGAUCAAGGACAUUGUGAGCGGAUCACCAGGCGGGAUGUGGUCAGGAUGAUCAGCCUCGGCUCGGAAAGGGUCACACAACAGACGAUUAUGAACGGUUGGAGAGCCAGUGGCCUAGUUCCUGAGGACGAUGACGAAGUCGGGGAGGGGGUAGAGAUGGUAAAUGAUGAGCUUGAGCAGUUUGUUGAGGGGAUUGAGUUUUCGGAAGAAGAAGAGGAUGAUGAUGUUUUUGAUGAUGACGUGUAAAUCCUGUU